AUGCCGGCGGUGAGUGACACCGGAGGAGGCCCGGGCCACCUCUGCACCGAGCGAGGGGGCAGGAGGGCGUAUGGUCCUUCGGGCUCAGCGGGCUUGGCUGGUCCGAGUGCUCGCCCCGCGGGCGCGGAGUCUGCACGUUCGCCCGGUCCUGGGCUGCCCCUUGAGCGCUUCCACCUCGUUAGGUGGAAGCGGACAGGACUGAACAGAACAGACAGGAUCCUGCUCUCCCGGAGUUCACAGCCUUGCAAAGAGCCAAAGAAACAGGUUAUCAGAGAAGCUGAAGAACAGCCGGGCGCUUGGCCUACUUUAGUUCAGGUGGUCCUGGAAGACCUCCCUGAAAAGGUGAUACUCACAGUGAGAUCUGAGGGGACCGGCCAUGUGGACAGUGGUGGAAAGCAGCAGUCUAGGCCGAAGAUAGCCAGUGCAAAGCUUCAAUCACUUAUUAUUGAUGCAUUCCAUGAUAAUGAGUUUCAGAAAAUAAAGGAAUAUUUUCUACAGAAAGAGAGCCACUUACCUCAAAAAUAUGAUCUUCUAUUACCCCAUCUUGACAGAUUAAUAAAUAAGCCAAGGAAGUUGGAACUGGGUAAAAAUGAAUUUCAGCAUGUUUCACUGUUGCUGAAAUGUACUCAGCAAUUCUUUAUAGAUGGCCUCAAAGAAGAUGAGCCUUUGCUAAUUCAGCAGAGACUGAUCCCCAUGAUGGAUUCCUGGUUUGAAAGAAUGACAGCAUUUCUGACCACGGGAGAGCUAGCCUGAGACUCAUUGCUGACUACUGCUACAGAAGACUUCUUGGACACUGCUUUGAUUAUUUCCAGGAGUAGUAGUAAAGGGAAAAUUCAGAUGUUGGAUUCCUUCAUACUUAGCUUAGGACUCCUGGUGACAGAAAACACUGAAAAUCUUUGGAUUCAACAGGAGGCUCUCGGGACUUUGAACUUAAUUCUGUGUGCUGUGCCUCGGGAACAGAGGAAAAAACUCCCUUUGUCAGAAGGCGCAUGUCGUCUUAUGAAAGAACUUGCAAGGACAAUCUUGACUGUGGGUGAUUAUGACCAGCAGGUGACUAUUUAUGAAGCACUGUGUAGACUGACGACUAAAAAGUCAAGAGAUGACCUGGCUCAUCAGUGGUUUGAGGACGAUGUCAUUGCUGAGGCUUUCAAAGAAAUUAAGGAUUGAGACGGUGAGAUUCCUGGUCAUAAAAAUUUCUGUUCAGACUGUAGAUGGUUUCUCAAUGACCUAAACAAUAGACUUGGUGACCAGAGAAGGGUCUAUUCAUUUCCCCGUGUUGCUGCUUUUGCUGACGAGCAUGAGAUGAGAAAACCAGCAGAUGAAAAAUUAGAGAAAUUUUGGAUUGAUUUCAACCUAGGAAGUCAGAGUGUAACUUUUUAUAUAGACAAUGCUGAGAGCCUUCUGUGGGACUCAGUGAGACUUUUGAAGGAAGCAGUGGUUAAUUUCAGCAUAAUGGAAACUGAGAAGAUGAAGACAUUUAUCAUUUACCUGAAGAAACCUAUUAUUAUCAGUAGCAAAGAAGUGACAAAAAUAGAAAUCCAUUUUGAUCUGCAAUUCGACAUAUCACAUGCUUCCAUUCAAGCUUUAGGACAGGAUAAACAGAUGUUGUCUGACCAGAUGAAAAUCUCCCCAGAACGUUCCAGUAAGUUUGAGAAAGAAGACACUAAGAUUCCUAGUAGUCGUGAAAGAGAAAGAGAGCAGGCAGAAGAAUCCACCCUCCUGGCAGAGGACUUGAGUGCCGCAGAUGACCACUCCUUCAUAACCUUCUUGAAUGACCAGUCUGAGCCGCCUGUGAGUACAGGGAGCCGGGGUCAAGGUUUUGAACUGUGUCCACUAAGGUACUGA